UUUUUAUUUAAAUUAAUUUUGUAUUUUAGAAAAAAAAAUUUAAUUAAAAACAUGACAACUGCUCAUCGUCCAACUUUCGAUCCUGCAAAAGGUGGCACAGGAAGAAAUGAAGGGGAUUUGGCAAAACUAUCUCAGCAAUAUUCUAGUAGAGAUAUGCCGUCUCAUAUGACAUUAAAAUAUCGUCAAAAAGGCCAAGCACAUCCUGAUGAGAUUAAUACAAAGGAUCUUCGUCGUGAUGUUGAAGAAAAAGAGCAAUUAACUUCAAAAGAUCGACAUUCCCGUGAAUCUAGAACUACUUCAGGAUCUAGCAGUAUUUCGAAACGACCAAAAUUAGAUGAUCCACAAAAUUUGGAUGCAGAUUUCCCACAAGAUGAUGUUUUAGAAGAUAGUGAUUUGGAUGAUGAUUCUGAUGAUGAAGCUGAAUUAAUGGCUGAGUUAGAAAGAAUUAGAAAGGAGAGGGCUGCUGAGAAAGCUGCAAGAGAAUCUAAAGAAGCAGAAGAACAGGAGAAAAUUCGUCAAGAAAACAUUUUACAUGGAAAUCCUCUUUUAACUCAAAAUACUGACUUUAAAGUUAAGCGUCGGUGGGAUGAUGAUGUCGUCUUCAAAAAUUGUGCACGUGGAAUUGAUGAACGUAAAAAGACUCCAUCUUUUAUUAAUGAUGCUAUACGUUCUGAAUUUCAUAGAAAAUUUAUGGAAAAAUAUAUAAAAUAA